AUGGUCCUCAAUAUGGAUUCCGAUCACUUUCAGCAGAAUUCUCAACAUCACGAUUUGCCUUGGGACUUUCAAGCUUCGGAGAAUAUUGAAACAACAGCACAUUCGCAAGCUGAUGCUAUAUUCCCAUCAUUUGAUGGUCUACCUCGAAUGGGUCAAGAGCAGUACUUCAUGGCUAGUUCAACAUCAUCUCCUAUGCCCAAUAAUGACUAUAACCUUACUACAUCGCAAAUGCCGGGCUCUCAAAACUUAACAUCUUGGUCCCAUCAAGCGCCAUUAACUUCUGUCUUUGCGGAUGACCAGAAUGGUUACUCUUACGAUUGUCCAGCUGAUCUUUCUGGUCUUGAACAACAAAAUUCUUUGAAAGCUUUCGAUAAUGUUCCUCGAACUACCUGGCAACAACCUUAUGCUAAUAUGGGCAUGACAUUACCGGUAUAUCCUUUUGAUACUCGCGACAAUUUUGGAUCUAUGGUAUCAUCGAGGGCUGACCAUGGCGAAAGAUCUGACGAUUGCAUCAUGAUGGAUACUACACACAAAGCCAUCAACUCUACAUCUCCUUCCAGCUUAUGCUCUGAAGAAGAUGGACACAGUUCGCGCGAACCUACUGCAAUGGAUGUCGACGCUGAUGGUCAUGGCGCAGAUGAGCAACCAUACGCAAAAUUGAUCUAUCGAGCAUUGAUGAGUGCCCCAGAUCACUCCAUGGUUCUACAAGAAAUCUAUCGUUGGUUCAGAGAAAACACUACUAAAGGGAGCUCGGAUACCAAAGGUUGGAUGAAUAGCAUUCGUCACAAUCUAUCAAUGAACGCUGCAUUCAAAAAGACAGAACGGAAAAUUCCUGGAGAGGAAACGAAAAAGUCCACUGAGUGGGUUUUGGAAGAUUUCGCAAUCAGAGAUGGAGUUCAGUCUACAACUCGAUAUCGCAAGGGGACAGGCAACAAGAAAUACGCCAAAGCAGAAAGCACUCCAAGUCAAAACUAUCUAGGUCGGCACAAUUAUAACGCAAUCAGAAAGCCUUCUUUUCACUCUGCUAGCAAGGGAAAGUUACAACGUCAAAGAGGCAGAGAUGAUUCAAGUUCAAGACGAAUGCUCCCAACGCCCUCUAGAUCUGAACCGGCAAGAUAUCCAGGUAGCCAAUUCCAUUCCUCAGAUGUGACGUCUGUUCCAAGAUCUCCACGACGACUACCUCUGACACCUGCCCCAGAGAGCUCCGGAACUUACAGCCCCGUUAUCAAAGAGGAAAGCUACAAUCCUGCAUACGAUCUCUACAGAUUUGAGGAUUGCCAAGGAGUGCUUCCCGAUGACCAAGACCCGCUUUUUAUGGACAGUCAAAAUCCACAGUUCAUGCAAGUUCAUCCGAUGUGCGCGAGCAACCAAUACUAA